CCGACUUGAAAUGUGACUCAAAAUAUUCGCUGCUGGAAUACCGUUUUGUGACAACUGAAGGAUUGUGUGUGCGCGCCUUCUGGUAUUCAUAGAGGGAUACGUUGAGGAGAAUACAUUUGCCAUGACAGUGGAUUUGCUUGCGAUUUUAUGUCUAAUCACCACGGUCUCAGCGGUUGAAGAAACGGUGAUGGACACCCGCACAGCCACUGCAGAAUUGGGCUGGACAGCAUACCCAGCGUCUGGGUGGGAGGAGGUCAGCGGAUACGAUGAGAACCUCAACACCAUCCGGACCUACCAGGUGUGCAACGUCUUCGAGUCGAGCCAGAACAACUGGCUCCUGACCACGUUCAUCGACCGCCGCGCCGCCCAACGCAUCUACGUGGAGAUGCGCUUCACCGUGCGCGACUGCAGCAGCAUCCCCAAUGUCCCGGGGUCCUGCAAGGAGACCUUCAACCUGUACUACUACGAGACCGACUUUGUCAUCGCCACCAAGGGCACCACCUUCUGGAUGGAGGCGCCCUAUCUGAAGGUGGACACCAUCGCGGCCGACGAGAGCUUCUCCCAGGUCGACUUCGGUGGGAGGCUCAUGAAGGUGAACACCGAGGUGCGGAGCUUCGGGCCUCUGUCCAAAAACGGCUUCUACCUGGCCUUCCAGGACUAUGGGGCCUGCAUGUCCCUGCUCUCCGUCCGCGUCUUCUACAAGAAGUGCCCCAGCAUCGUGCAGAACUUCGCCAUCUUCCCCGAGACCAUGACGGGCGCCGAGAGCACCUCGCUGGUCAUCGCCCGCGGGAUGUGCAUCCCCAACUCGGAGGAGGUGGACGUUCCCAUCAAGCUCUACUGCAACGGGGACGGCGAGUGGAUGGUGCCCAUCGGGAGCUGCACCUGCAAGUCCGGCUUUGAGCCGGACAACGCCAACGUGUGCAGAGCGUGCCCCCCAGGGACUUUCAAAUCCAACCAAGGGACUGGGCUGUGCCUGCAGUGUCCCUUCAACAGCAGGUCCACGGCGGAAGCUGCUGGAAUCUGUGUCUGCCGCAAUGGCUACUACCGCGGGGACAUGGACCAGCCAGACGCCCCCUGCACCAGCGUGCCCUCUGGCCCGCGGAAUGUCCUCUCCAUCGUGAACGAGACCUCCGUCAUCCUGGAGUGGCACCCGCCCCGGGAGACGGGCGGGCGGGACGAUGUGGUCUACAACAUCAUCUGCAAGAAGUGCCGCGCCGACCGCAGGUCCUGCUCCCACUGCGACGACAACGUGGAGUUCGUCCCUCGACAGCUGGGCCUCACCGAGACCCGCGUCUUCAUCAGCAACCUGUGGGCCCACACCGUCUACACCUUCGAGAUCCAGGCCGUCAACGGGGUCUCCAACAAGAGCCCCUACCCCGCCCAGCACGUGUCGAUUGACAUUACCACCAACCAAGCCGCUCCCUCGAUGGUACCCAUCAUGCACCAGGUCAGCUCAACCAUGAAAAGCAUCACGUUGUCAUGGCCACAGCCCGAGCAGCCCAACGGCAUAAUCCUGGACUACGAGCUGCGCUUCUAUGAGAAGGACCAGACUGAGUUCAACUCGUCCAUGGUGAAGAGCCAGACCAACACAGCCCGCGUGGACGGCCUGAAGCCUGGCACUAUGUACGUGAUGCAGGUGCGAGCCCGGACCGUGGCCGGCUUCGGCAAGUACAGCGGCAAGAUGUGCUUCCAGACCCUGACAGAUGAAGACUACAAGUCAGAGCUGAGGGAGCAGCUACCCCUCAUCGCGGGAUCAGCAGCAGCCGGGGUGGUGUUCAUCGUCUCACUAGUCGCCAUUUCAAUCGUCUGUAGAAGGAAGAGGGCGUACACCAAGGAUGCCGUGUACAGUGAUAAACUGCAGCACUACAGCACAGGGCGAGAUCUGACAAAUUGCCACUCCCCCAUUGGCUGCCCAACCCACUUCUCGGGUUCCCCAGGGAUGAAGAUCUACAUAGACCCCUUCACCUACGAAGACCCGAAUGAAGCAGUGCGAGAGUUCGCCAAGGAGAUUGAUGUAUCCUCUGUGAAGAUCGAGGAGGUCAUCGGCGCUGGGGAAUUCGGAGAGGUGUACAAAGGCAGGCUGAAGCUACCUGGAAAACGUGAGAUCUACGUGGCCAUCAAGACGCUGAAGGCCGGCUACUCUGAGAAGCAGCGCCGGGACUUCCUGAGCGAGGCCAGCAUCAUGGGCCAGUUCGACCACCCCAACAUCAUCCGCCUGGAGGGCGUGGUCACCAAGAGCCGGCCGGUCAUGAUCGUGACCGAGUUCAUGGAGAACGGAGCACUGGACUCCUUUCUAAGGCAAAACGACGGGCAGUUCACGGUCAUCCAGCUGGUGGGGAUGAUGCGAGGCAUUGCGGCCGGGAUGAAGUACCUCUCGGAGAUGAAUUACGUCCACCGAGACCUGGCCGCCAGGAACAUCUUGGUCAACAGCAACCUGGUGUGCAAGGUGUCCGACUUCGGACUCUCCCGCUACCUUCAGGACGACACGUCCGACCCCACCUACACCAGCUCCCUGGGCGGGAAAAUUCCAGUCAGGUGGACGGCCCCAGAGGCCAUCGCCUACAGGAAGUUCACCUCCGCCAGUGAUGUCUGGAGCUACGGCAUCGUCAUGUGGGAGGUGAUGUCGUUCGGAGAGAGGCCAUACUGGGACAUGUCCAACCAAGAUGUGAUCAAUGCUAUCGAACAGGACUAUCGACUGCCCGCGCCCAUGGACUGCCCCGCCGCCCUGCAUCAGCUCAUGCUGGACUGCUGGCAGAAGGACCGCAACGCCCGGCCCCGCUUCGCCGACAUCGUCAACACGCUGGACAAGAUGAUCCGCAACCCCACCAGCCUGAAAGCUGUGGCCACCAUCACCGCAAUGCCUUCUCAACCCCUUCUGGAUCGUUCCGUGCCAGACUUCAGCACCUUCACCUCCGUGGAGGACUGGCUGUGUGCCAUAAAGAUGACCCAGUACAGGGACAACUUCCUCAGCUCUGGCUUCACCUCCCUCCCGCUGGUUUCACAAAUGACAUCAGAGGACCUUCUCAGAAUAGGGGUGACUCUGGCGGGGCACCAGCGGAAGAUUCUCAACAACAUCCAGUCCAUGAGGGCGCAGUUGAGCCAGUCCCCCACGGCUGUGGCAUGACUAGAGGGGACGCUGAACGGCAGUGGCGGUAGUCUCCGCGGUAGCCUGCGGGGUACCCUCCGCGGUAGCUUGUGCGGGAGCCUGCGCGGGAACCGGCCGGUCGCCAUGGGCUCGAUGGAGCGAUCCCGCGUGGAAACCGUCGUCCUGAUCUGACCGAAUCACUGCCGUAUCAGCCUAACCCUCGCCUCGACGUUUCCCCUCCUUCACCGACUCUGGUACCGACUCGCCCCGGAAGACAGAAAAACGAAACCCGUUAAGUUAAAUGUACCGUGCGAAGACCCGAGAAAAAGAGUAUAUAUUAAGACGCUGUGGAAUACGGCCGAUUUUUAAAGCUUCGGGUUUACUCCUGUUUUUAUACGGAUUAUUUGUGCCCUCAGCCACCCGGGGAGAUAACAAAGGAAGGAAAAGUGUGCUUUCGUCCAUUUUCAUUCUUUGUUAGCCAUCGUAACUGUUCAGUCCCCAGGAAAACCAGUGCUGAGCUGCCUGCUAACGUUCAGGCGGAUAGCGUAGCCCACGGACGGCCCAAGAUGGCCGCCCCCGGCUCAGAACUCCAUCGGAGGAAUAUAAAUAAGUGCUCCUGUGUAAAUAUAAUGAAAUAAUCUGGAAAAAGUCUUCAUAUUGAAGGUCAUUUGUUAUAUAAAAACUUCUUUCUCUGCUUGCAUUUUUGGCAAAUAAGUACAUACAUGGAUUGUAAAUGAGUUAAAUGGAUUGUAAAUUAUACCUCGGUGGCCCCCGAAGCAGGGAUCAUUCCUGGAUGUUUUUAUUUUUGCUUUCAGUGCUAGAGGCCCACAGACUGCCAUGGAAAACAGGCUUUAGCCUCCCUGAAACUGUACAAAGAACAUUUUUUUGUGUCAAAUCCUAAAAAAAAAAACAUUUAUGUCUUCAAACAUUGUUGGCACGGGGUUUCCCAGCUGCUGAGCUCUUGCCUGUCAAGGCCUUUCCUCGUUCCUCUUCUGUGGCUCAUUUCCGUGUGAACUCUUGGAGCCGUGAUUCAGAGGAUAUGUUCCAGACCUGCAGCUCAAACUGUAGAGUACUGUGCCCCACAGGACCUUGGGAAAAUGACAAGGAACCCAGAUGUUUAUACAGUAGAAACAAGAACAGAAGCCGCCAACACAACGCUACAGACUGGACGCACUGUAAAUAGCGUGGCUUCAAGCUCUUCCUCUGUGUCAUUGUAUGAUUAAGAUUUGUUUUAUUGUGAUGAGUAUGUCAGAGUUUGUAACUGUAACUUUCUGAGAAAUAUUGUACUAAAAUGCACUCAAUAAAGAUGAAUCAACUGGACUGGC